AUGGAAGCUGCAGUUCGACACGAAAAGGCAUCUCGCGAACAUGCGCAGCACGUCUCCGAAGUAGAGUGGUGGCAACCACGGGACGAUGACGCAUGGGGAAGACUCGAACAGCCUCCGUUAACUUCCGAUGGCUUGCGCAUAUGGGAGAUGCAGACGCAUGUUGAUCAUGUAUUUGAUCUGGUGCCGUUCUGGAUCCGUGGAGUGCAUGCUGCGGAGAGAGGUGAGGUGCUGAGGAUGGAGGAAUUUUUGCAGAUGAUGGAACAGGAUGGCGGAUGGCAGACCUCUGAUGAGAUCCGGGGGAUACUGGGAGCUUUGAGGAAGCCGAAUGGUGAAGAGGCAAGUGAUGGAUGGGGGCACCAGAAUAAAGGCUGGGGCGUUACGGAAGAAUGGGCAGUCCCUCCCAAGGUUGUGAUCUCGGACAACCAGGAUAAAGGCUGGGGCGUUACGGAGGAAUGGGCACUGCCUCCCACGAAUAGCUCUUCCUCUCACCAGAGACGAGAUUUCGGCGGUACGCAUCCUUUUGUAGAUGACAUCGCUCUUCAGGAAGCAGCAGAUGAAGAUAGGCGUCGAAGGAUGCAGCGCUUUUUUGAAAUGCCGACGGAACAGAAGGUGCUGAAGAUUCAGGAGGUGAUUCGUUACCUUCGCGCCCAUCCUGCUUAA